AGCUUGUGAAUCGCCCAGGUCCUAGUCGACUGUAUUAGCUUAAGAAGUGUUGUGAUAGCAAUUCGCUUCGACAAAUUAUUUUGCUCCAUCACUUUUUCAUAAGACAUCAAAGUCAUUGAAAAAACUAGAUGCUUGGCCGGUUUUGUGCUCCAAGCUGUUCGUUCGCAACUGCUCGAGUUGUCAUCUCGAGGAAGCUAUCAGUUCCAGCUGAAAAAACCUUGGAAGCGGUUGCUACCAAUGUAGAGAGAGAUGUUCCCAAGACAGACAUAUCUGCGCUCAAGCCUCGCCAUAGAGUGAUAGCGGCGGGAGGGAUGCCUCCACUAGAAUUUGAAUGGGAACGACAACGAAGUGCACAGAUGGAGCGGUUCGGUAUGUAUGGGCUCAAAAGUGGUGUUGAUCCCGGCAUAUGUUGGCCAACUGUCGAGGAAAUUGAAGAGGAGAAAGCUAUUGGUUUGUAUCGUGAAUAUGACACUUGUUUACGGGAAAUGAAGGCAUUGAAACAAAAACAAAAAGAAAAGGAAGCGGCAAGAUUAGCAGAGUUGGAAAAAAAUCUUAAAAAGUAUCCCGAGGCAUUGGCUAAGUUCGAAGCGUCGCAAGUGAAAGCUGAGAAGGAACGCGAUGCAAAGGAAAUAGCGCUGGAGAACAGGAUAAGAGAAAUACAAGAGUACUUUGGUUACUGGAUGGAUCCGAAAGAUCCACGAUUUGAAGUCAUGCUACAGCAAAAAGAACAAGAGGAAAAGAAGGCGGCUAAGAUGGCCAGACGCGCAGAGCUUCAGAAAAAGAAGAUCGCCAAAUGCAGUUUACACCCACUGGUCAUCAUCAAUAUUUCCGAACACUGGACCCGUGUUCGAGCUCAAAGCAGAGACAAAGCUGCACAGAAGGUUUUUGGUGCUGUGCUUGGCAAAGUUGAUGAAGGUCAUGUUGAGAUGGUGAACUCGUUUGAACUGCGAAUGUUCAGCUUAGAUGGCCAUACCAGGUACAAUGAGGAAUUUCUUCGGCAGCGGCUUGCACAGUACAAUGAAGUGUUCCCAGAGUUGGAUCUUGUUGGCUGGUACUGUACUGGGGAGGACGGAAUUGAACCUGAUGAGCUUUUGCUACAGUCCUUGUUUGCAUUAGCCAUAGAUUCUCCUUUGAUGGUAAAAUUGAACCCUAUUGUUAGCGCUCAAACGAAAAGUUCCCGAAUCCCGGUGAAAGUCUACUAUAGUCGGGAAACUCCUCUAGUUUCAACUGGUCAUGAAUUGACCGAAUUAGACUGGACGUUAGUAUCCGAGCAAAGCGAACGCAUUGGAAUUGAUCAUAUCGCACGUUUAUCACAGGCUGGAGAUGACGGUGCUGUAUCUAUCGAAGGGAAGCAGAUGCGAGCAGCUGGAUCAGCCGUAUCUAUGCUGCUUGACAAAAUAGGUGUUAUCUGCGAAUAUUUAAAGGGAGUGCAAGAGGGUAAAUAUCCACCAAAUGAUGAAAUCAUCAGGGAGGCAAACAAGAUCUGCCAACGUCUUCCUCUGUUGAAGCCAGCAGAGUUUGACGACGGCUUCAAGACGCAGGAGAGGGAUGCUCGAGCAGCUAUGUUGCUUGCGAAAAUGACUGAGGUUUGCGGCACCUUAAGCAGUCUACAGGCAAAGACGAACAUACUUUCUACAAUCACUGCUUGGCGAAGCAUUGCUACAAUACCACAACAGCAACCUAAGAAAAAGUCGUCGCAGCGUGUUACCGCUGCGACGACUCCAAAUGCCCCAGUAAGUGCUGAAUCAGCAGCUAAUAAUACCUCCUCGCAUUCGCCAGAUGUCGAUUAACAACUAUAGGUAUCGCUCAGAUAGCAUUAUUCUAUUGAUAAUGUUUCUGACAGAUUAGCUUGUCUCAUACAUCGUUUUGAUGUGUAGGGACUUUCACCAACAAAGGAUACUGUUUGUGGCUUUGUCAUUCUUUGUCGAAUUGAUGAUGCUGUUCGAUGUCUGCUGCACUCUUAACUGCUAUCGGUCAUAAGUACUGGUGUGUUGUAGUCCCUGAGCUACAGAUUUACUCAAUAUUCGCAAAUUGUGAUUGAAUGUUAAAUAGAAUGUUAACUCUAAUUUGUGACAUAAACUUUUAUCAGAU